AUGACCGCCGUGCGCUCCUCGUCUCCUGCCGCCACGUGCGCCGUGCCUGCGGCCCUGCUCCUCAUCUCCUGCCAUGUGCCAUCCACCAGGAAGAACGCCUCCUGCCUCAGGCCGUGGCUUGCGGCUCGCCGGAGCGCCGCUGCGCGCCUGCGCCCUGGAAGAAGCAGCCACGCGGCGCUCAUGCGCGUCGCCCUGGCAGCGAUUGCGUACCGUACCCACAUCGCGCUUAUCGCGCUUGCCGGCUACUAUCGCUUGUUCAAAUCCUCACUAGCAACUUUCCCUUUUUUCUGUCACGUGCAGUGCGUCACAGCAGCCAGAACUUCCACUGAAACUCUUGCGGUUUGUUCAUCCACAAUAUCACAAGGAAAAUGCAGGAGUGUUAUCAAAAUAAGCUGCGUCACAGGAAUAAGUUCAUAUGUUAUAGCAUUUACGGCACUAGCAGCUGGAACCUCAUGGCCAGAUCUAGUUGCGAGCAAGAUAGCUGCCGAGCGUCAAGUCACUGCAGACUCUGCUAUAGCCAACAUCACUUGCAGUAAUUCAGUGAACAUAUAUGUUGGCAUUGGCAUCCCGUGGUUGAUCGACACAGUGUACAACUUCUUUGUCUACCAGGAACCACUGUACAAAGACAAUGCUGCUGGUCUGAGCUUCUCCCUUCUAGUCUUCUUUGCAACAUCAUUUGGCUGUAUCACUGUUUUGGUUCUCCGUCGCAUUGUACUUGGUGCCGAGCUUGGGGGCCCUAGGUUAUGGGCUUGGACUACAUCGGUGUACUUUAUGGCCCUUUGGGUUGUUUUUGUUGUGUUUUCCUCUCUUAGAGUUUCUGGAAUAAUAUAGGCUGAAAACACAGGUGGUCAAUUUUAUUUUUUAUUUUUAUUUUUUACUGUUUGUCUUCAUAUCCACACAGAAAACGUGGAGGUGAAAUUAGGGAUUAUAGUAUAGAUGUUUGAUAUGUGCAAUGAUUAUUUGAGCCAGAAAUAUGUUGUAUAGUUGCACAAUUGUUGAAUCUUAAUAGUUGUGGGUGAUCCUUGUAUAUAAUCAUACACGUGUAAUAUUAGGGCUUAUGAAAGUUGUACUAUAUUUGUCGAUUGCGGACAAUACAUUGGGCAUAUGCACCAAUGACUGUAAGGAGAAAAAAAAGAUUGAA